CCGCCGGACGAAUCAGAUCCAAAACGGAGGCUGAUUUCGACUUUUCCCAGAGCUACGUACAAUCAUGUUGACCUCCAGCCACCUGUACGCCGCCUGGAAAAAUUGCAAAUGUCCCUGGCAAUAGCCUAAUCUCAAAGCUUUCUCCAAUAGGUCUAUAUAUAUAUAUAUAUAUAUUUUCUAUAAUACAAAAAUCAUAUGAUCGUCUAACGUUCGAUGCUCUGAAUCGAUCGAUCCCUCUCAAAACGUUCAAAUCUUCAUAUUCUCUCUGUCGAUUCCUCGAAUCUAAACCCUAAAUCUUCGCUCAAGGGUUGAGGAUCGAGCGCGGGUUGUAUUGCUUUCGGUUUCGAGUCGUUUUUCUUUUGUGUAGAGAAUGUUCAACGGUACGAUGGAUCCCGAGUUGAUUAGGAUCGCCCAGGAGCAGAUGAGUCGCAUGUCGCCCGCUGAUUUGACCAGAAUUCAGCAACAGAUGAUGUCUAAUCCGGAGUUGAUGAGAAUGGCUUCAGAAAGCAUGAAAAACAUAAGGGCUGAAGACCUGAGGAAUGCUGCUGACCAGUUGAAGCAUACACGUCCAGAAGAGAUGGCUGAUAUUGCCGAGAAGAUGGCUAACACAAGCCCUGAAGAGAUAGCCACAAUGCGUGCGCAUGUUGAUGCACAGGCGACUUAUGAAUUAAAUGCAGCUGAGAUGCUGAAGAAACAGGGAAAUGAACUUCACAACCAGGGCAAUUAUCACAAUGCAUUGCAGAAAUACUUGCUUGCAAAGAAGAACCUGAAAGGAGUUCUAUCCUCUAAAGGCAAGAGCCUAUUGUUGGUAUGCUCGCUUAACAUGAUGUCAUGUUACUUGAAAACAAGGCAGUAUGAUGAAUGCAUAAAAGAAGGCACUGAGGUCUUGGCACAUGAUGUAAAGAAUCUCAAAGCUCUAUACCGAAGGGGUCAAGCUUACAAAGAAUCAGGACUGUUAGAAGAUGCAGUCUCUGACUUAAGUAAAGCACAUGAAAUUUCCCCUGAUGAUGAAACAAUUGCAGAUGUCUUAAGGGAUGCUAAGGAGAGAUCGAUGAGAAAAGGUGGCGGCAAUGCAUCAAGAGGAUUGGUUAUUGAAGAAAUAACUGAAGAGGAUGUGAUUCAAUCAUCCGAAAUUUGUGAAACUUCAAGUAAAGAAUGUUCCGUACCACAAGUUCAAAAUACCAGUGACUUCUCUGAGAGGCAGCCUGAUGUCAAAACUAAUGAUCGUUUGACUAAUUCAGAGGCUAUCCAGGCUUUAAAAGAUGACCCAGAUGCUAUCAGAUCCUUCCAGAACUUCGUGUCUCGUGCUGAUCCUGAGACUCUGGCUGCUAUAAGUGGUGGAAGGGCUGACGCGGUGUCUCCUGAUAUGAUUAAGACUGCCUCAAAUAUGAUUAACACGAUGUCUCCUGAAGAACUUCAAAGAAUGCUCCAGUUGGCUUCUUCCUUUCAGGGGGAGAACCCAUUUCUUAAGACAGGCUCUUCAGAUUCAGAUUUCAAUAGCUUCAGAGGUGGGCAAAUUCCCCCUGAUGUGACACCUGAUAUGCUCAAAAUGGCAAGUGACAUGAUGAGUAAGAUGCCAGCAGAAGGGCUACAAAAAAUGUUUGAAAAGGCAUCUUCUUUAAAAGGCAAGGACUCAAUGUCUACAGUAACAGGUAAUGGAUCCAGAUCAGAUUCUGGAUCAAGACCUGCUGAAGCUCAUGAAAGCUUUGCUGCUAGGAGAGAUGUUGGUCAAAGUAGUUCAUCUAAUGCAUUUCAAAGUUCAAGAGGUACUCCUCAAUCAAGCUUCCCCAACUCAACUUCUGAAUUGCAAGAACAAAUGAAAAACCAAUUGAACGAUCCAGCAAUGCGGCAGAUGUUCUCAUCUAUGAUUAAAAACAUGAACCCAGAAAUGAUGGCUAACAUGAGCGAACAAUUUGGAGUUAAGCUUUCACGAGAGGAUGCAGAAAAAGCUCAACAAGCCAUGUCAUCCUUGUCACCGGAUGACUUGGAUAAAAUGAUGCGAUGGGUAGACAGAAUUCAAAGAGGAGUUGAAUGUGCAAGGAAGGCCAAAAAUUGGCUACUGGGAAAACCCGGUAUGAUUUUCGCAAUGCUAAUGCUCAUUUUAGCAAUUAUCCUCCAUCGGCUAGGCUACAUUGGAAGUUGAGGGUGGAGCCUGUACUUGAACCAUGCACCUGCAGUCAAAUUCAACUGACUACUGAUGAGUUUUACUCCAUCUAACAUUCUGCUCAAAGUAAUCAAACGGUACGAACACUCUGCAGAAGACCAGCACCAGAUAGCUCAGUCAGUUAUGCUUAGUGGGUAGAGCUGGACAUCCAAUAUUUUCUUUUUUGCAAGUUGUAGCAGGUGAUUGUUUGAUUGUUUAUUCGCUGAUGCUCCUAUAGAACAAAGUUCAGUAUAGGAGUUGGGAAACUACAUUUUGGAACAUACAUUUGACAAAUCCAGCCUUUAUCUUUGAAGUACAUUAGAUGGCCAUAUAAUGUUGCAGUGUAUUGAAAUAAUGCUCGUACUUAAGUGGCCCUUUAUCACUUUGUUCCAAACCUUUGAAGUGACCAUUUGAUGGAUUGAAUCAUGACACCUAGUUUUAAGGUUUA